CUGUCAAGUUACGCGCCUUAUCGUAUCAAAAGCCCGGUGAACGAUCGUCUUCCUUGCGGGAACAUAAUUAUAAUACCAUAAAACCAUAAAAAACCGUUUGUGGUUUUAAACCAUAAAACCGGUAGUAAUGUUUCGCGUGUGCCAAAUGCUCCCGCAAAACACGCGCACACAAAGAAGAAUAUUUUUUUUCGGUCUCUUGUUUGCAAGUCGGGAAGGGCAGGAUCACUGAAGCGUCGAUCAAUCUGGACAUGAUCGUGGUUGAUUGAAAUGCUUCCCAAACUAUAAAAUGCAAAAAAGGAAAAAGCGCAAAAAAAAAUGAACCACGGUAAAGGGGGUAAAAGGGUGAUGAAGAUCGAACAUCACGUAUCCUGCAAUUGUAGGGCGUUGAUCGCGCGUCUCCUUUCUCAGCGUGCCGGAACGCGAUCUUGAUGGUUCGAUCGAUUAAAAUUAUAAGUUGUACCUGCACCCUUGCGUCCCCUUUUCAGCCGAUAAGGGUUGGAAGAUGCAGCAUGAUGCAUCGAAUGCAUUUUUUUACUUGUUGUUGGUUCAGCUUUUUUUCUCUUUUCCUCGUUCUCAAUUUUGUCUUCUUUCCAUCUCUUUCAUUCUCGCAUACAUUUUCAACCUUCAUGCAGUGCAUUUAUCGUGAUAUGGACCACUUUUCCGACGGAUAAUUCUCUCUCGCUCUCACCUUGAACGGUUGGUAAUUUUCCACUGUUCAUUUUUUUGCUGUUGCUGUCUGUUCAAAAAGGCCUUUGGAAACGAGAAAUGCAACUUUGGAUCUCCCGAUGGUCACUACGGGGGGAAGAUCGUGCUCGUAAAGAAGAUGGAACCGGAUGCCAAGAUUGGUCUGCAGCAAACCGAAGCGCAGUGGUUUGAAGGAUGAGAGCACACGCUUUUCCACCUUUAAUUCAGAUUCGCCACAAAAUCUGCAUAGAGACGAACGAAAGAAGGCUGGUCCGGUUUGUUGGUUGCUGAUCGGUCGAGAAUGAUCGGUUAUCAACUGGCUCUUGUAUGUGUGUGUGUGUGUGUGUGCAUGUGUAUUCCAAGCGAUAGAAUCGGUUUGCCGGGGGUGCGUUAUCGUUGUGGCAAUCUCUCAUUAGACAUACAGGGGUGUGACAUUUCGUACGAUUGUUCGCAUAAUUGUGCCUGUGUAUCGCCGAUAUUUCUGGAACGCAUGCCGCAUCCGACAAGGCAGGUGGGCUUGUCCGGACGAUAUGAAAGGCUCGUCAUUUAUGGUGGUGGAGGGGGAUGAGAAGCACACACUUUGGUGAUAAUGGGUCCAGUUCGACGUUCGUAUACUCACGCACAUCGAGGAUGAUGUGUGGGAUCGUCUGGCGCAAGAAAGGAAAUGGGGGGAGAGGGAUAAUAGCACAACUAAAAGAAGAGGAAAAAGGCAAGAUACACACACACACACGUGCGCACUCUCACGGUCCUGAACGGUGUGGAAAAACGGCUUGCGUUUACCAGCAUGCAUAGGCGCGGGACGAUGGAAAAAAACUGAAUUGAUAAUUAUCUGAACUUCUCAUGGGGGGCUGGCGGGCUGCGUCAGUUGUCCGUGGCCGUUGGUUGAGCGGUGUGUGAUCGGACCACCAGUAGCCUGUACAUGUAUGCGUUCGGCACACUGAUUUCCCGUUGCUCCCAAACGGGGAGACAAUCGAUAAUCGUUCUGAAGACACUUUAUAGCAUCGUCGGUAUUUUAUCACACCCGCGAUGACGUGCCAGAUGGCUUCGCGGGUGUGUUGUAAAGGAUGUCUUUUCCUCCGCUCAUUGUGUUUCUUUCUUUCUAUCGACUUCAGUAAAAGUAUGCGUUUCGACGCAGGCACGACGGGAACGCGCUGCCAAAACCAGGAAACCGUCGCAUCUUUUAUGCGCAUCAGAAUCGCAACACCCGCGAUGUGUGUGCGCAAGAUGGGUUAGAAGAAGAUGGAGUAAUCGCUGUUCACACAGUCACGGCGAGCGAUCGGCGAGCAAAGUUAUGCCGAUCUUGUAAGAAAGAAGCAAAAACAAAAAAACGAGAUCACACGUGUGUAUGCGAACCAAGCGUGAUGUUGAUUGAGCAGCAGGAGAAGGGAUGAUUGAUGGAAUGGAAGAGGGAAGGGAGGGCUGGGCGGGGAGAGGUUUGUGUGUGUGUGUGUGUGAAGUGAUGUGUGAAAAAUAUAUUCUUCCCUUAACGUGCGCGCUCGAAGAAAGAGGGACCGAACCGCGAAUUGAGGAAGCGCACAAACGCAAAAGUGUAUCGCGCAACCGCAUGCGUAACGGCGGAGAGUAUGUGUGAUACGGUAGCGGGGCGAGCGCAAGGGCAAUGCGAGAAAGAGAUAGCCUCUGCCCGAAGUGGAGCGGGGGUAACGAGCGAAAGAGAGCACGUUUGCGAUAGAGAGUGGCGAGGUCAGGCGUGAUAGUGCUGUUAAGUUGCUGUGCGCUGAUAAGUGGUCGAUCUAGUGUGUGAAGACGAUUUGCCUUCUUUGUGGGAUGGUUUUUGGGUAAUUUGGUAAGAGAGUUUACGAAAGAGAAGAAAUACACCUGAUCACGCGUGUGAUUGAGAGCACUGGACCAUUUUGCUAAAAGGGAGUCAGGAGAGGUGCAAUUAAUUGUCAAAUUAAUCGAAAUGGUUCAUUCCUUCUCCCUUUGACUUCGACCCAUUGAUCGUGCACCGAAUCACGGGUUCAUUUUUGGACCGAAGAGCAAUGCGAGAAAACAUUAAAUCAAACGCCACACUUCACAUUGUCCACGUCGUCACUCUGAUAGGGAAGCUACGAUAGUCCGGCAUGUGCAGGAUUUUUGGACGGUGUGCUAUUCUCACAGCCGCCGUGUACGAUCGCUAAACGCCUUGACAAGCGCUGUGUGUGCGUGAAAGUAGCUCGCGGAAUGUGCAGUCAGAUUUGCACGUGCGCGCGUACAUUCGGCUGUGUGCGUGUACUGCUGCCUGCUGUGAUUGUGUUUGUGCAGCCGACGCUCCAUUUGCAAACGAGUGGGGAUGAUUAUAGCGGCCGCCUCUUACUGUCAUCUUCUUCUCGGCGCUUGCAAACGCCGAAUGGAAGCUUUGUUGAUGAUGUUGGUGAGAUUCGUUCGAACCCGGUGAGCUAAUACGCAUUUUAUCUACCAUCGGUACGGCGACGAUUCACGCCACGGGGUAGCUUGAUAAAUCGCGUGGGCCGCUGUCAUGUGUACGUGCGCGCUUAAGGGUGUAUAAGUCGAAGAACACAGCUGAGCGCAUAGGAGAGUCGAAUGCCAAGAAAUCAUCUACCGAAUCAUGAUGAUUCGAAUGAUGAUGAUGAAGGAUGAUGAUUUCUUAUUGGCGACCGGCAGCCCAUCGGUGUGUGCGUAAUCACAAUCCCCCCUCCCCCACACACAGCAUUGACUCCUUCCCGUCUGGACGGUUCAAACCAGAUGCCGCGUCCUACACAGUCCGCGGACAACUUAUCAACGAGUUGAAAUGUAUAUAUUUAGAGCAUUUUUUCGCCAUUCUUGCACUCAAGAUACGGUACUGACUGACCGAUCUUGGCUGAUGUGGUGCGUGAAAGAGUGCGAACGGCACAGCGCGAGAUUAGUGCAGAGCCAGAAAGAGAGAGCAACAAUGGAUGAUAGCGCGUAAGGUGGUUUGCCCUUCCAAUUUCGAUCAGUUAGCUUUCUGACGUUCGCCGCCUCCGGUAGUACUCGAUGUGCAGUACGCACUUUUACUUUGAAAGGGUCCGGUCAGCCUUAUCGUGGAGAAUCCCUUCGUACCUUCCUGCUGUCGCACAGACAUGCCGCCAUCAAUGAUAACACAAUUCCGAUACGUACAGAUACAGGUUGCGUUUCUGUUCACACAUUCAAAACUGUGCCAUUUUCCCACACACAUGUGCGAUUGAAUUAAUUUGUCGGGUUGAUUAACAGAAUAAUUGUGAAACGUCGACACAACCAACAACUGAAGAAAAAAAGGCCAAACUGCUGAACCAUCGAGGCAUCGCAACACUCUACUAAAAUUGUUCUUUGUGUUCGUUCGUAUCUUAGUAUGCGUGGAGUUCGCAUCUGUCAAAUGGUUAUAUUUUGGAGUGCUUUUUUUACUUCUUUCUCGCACGCUUCUCGCGUAAAGUGACGUAGUUCAAAUGUCAGCGUGACACGAUUGUUCGUAUUGGCCACUAUUUACUGAUGAUGAUGAUGAUGUGCUAGAAAGGAAACAUGUUUCAUGUCGUUGUGAACGGGUGUGCUUGUGAGAAGAAUGUGUGUACACUUGGACGCAAACCCGAUUGGUUCGAAAAUCAAUUCGAUUGCCUCCCGCCGAAUGAUAGUAGCCUGCUCUAAGAGUGUAGUGAUAGUGGCAGCGUGUGACGUUUGUGCCGAACAAGGCCACCCCGACGGGCAAACUAUCAUCCACGCGAUAGUGUAAUCAUUUCAGUAACUCUUCGGUUCCGCUUGGUGGUCGCUUGCUGCUGUUAGAUAGACUAACCUUGAUCGUGCGCGCAUUCGUGUGUAUGCGUAUGAAGGAUAGUGUUUGUGUGCGUACCCGUGGAACAACGAAAAGAUCCAAUAGGUGGUGUUUGGGAGCAGUGUUUGAAGUGUACCUCCCCCAGUACCGACGGUGUCUGGAAAGGGAAAUGUCCAUACGUGCGAUGACAGCUGGUGAACACCGGUUGUAAAGCGAAAACGUUUAUUGCAAAUAGUCAAAAAAUUGACGCAACUACGCAAACUACCGUAACCGGAGUGUGAUUGGUGUGCGUUUUUUCCCCCGUUUUUUUGCCACGUGCGUUGUUAAACAUUCCGCAUUUGCUGCGUGGACGAAAGUAACUACUCAUUUGGUGCAUCGUAAUCCAUUACGAUCUGUGCUAGUGUCGCAAAAAGUUCCCGGUAAGCGUACAAAAGGCACCGAACACAAGCACACAAAUCGAAAACGGCCAUGGAUCCGUACGGCGGAGGCUGGCCGGCUUCACCAUUGCGUGCUGGUGGAGGUGGUGGUGGUAUGUAUGACAACAUAUCGAACGAUGGUAUACCGAUGGAUGCGUUGGCCGAGCUGCAGGAUACGGGAUUUGAGCCGCAGACCCGAGCUCGUUCCAACACCUGGCCACUGCCGAGACCGGAGAACUUUGUCGAACCGGAAACGGAACCGGACAGCAAUAAGUGCAGUAAUCAGCAGCUCGCCAAUACCGGAUCCAGCAAUACCCAGUUGCAGGCGGCUGCGUCGUCCUCGUCGAAGAAAAACUCAUCGCGGCGUAAUGCCUGGGGCAAUCUGUCGUAUGCCGACCUCAUCACACAAGCCAUCAGCUCGGCCACCGAUAACCGGCUAACGCUCAGCCAGAUCUACGAGUGGAUGGUGCAGAAUGUGCCGUACUUCAAGGAUAAAGGUGACUCGACCAGCAGCGCCGGCUGGAAGAACUCGAUCCGGCACAAUUUAUCGCUGCACAAUCGCUUCAUGCGAGUGCAGAACGAGGGUACGGGCAAAUCGUCCUGGUGGAUGCUGAACCCGGACGCAAAGCCGGGCAAAUCGGUACGCCGAAGGGCCGCCUCGAUGGAAACGUCCAAGUACGAGAAGCGCCGGGGCCGGGCGAAAAAGCGCGUCGAAGCGAUACGACAGCAGGCUGCCCUCGGUCUGGCCACCAACCCUCUCAACGAUGCCACCCCGUCACCGAGCAGUAGUGUUAGUGAAGGAUUAGAUCUGUUUCCAGAGAGUCCACUGCAUAGCGGUAACUUCCAGCUGUCGCCCGACUUCCGCCAGCGUGCCUCCUCGAAUGCGAGCUCGUGCGGUAGGUUAAGCCCGAUCCAGUCGAUCGUGGGCGUUGAUAAUGUGUGGAACUACACGCCGGUGGAUGUGGCCGACCUGGCCGAUAACGCCGACCAGGCACAGGGUGAGGAGCUGGAAUUAGAUAUCGGUGCGCUCGAUCAGCUGGCCGGUUCGCUGGCAGAUGAUCUGACACUGCAGCAGAACGAUUUCUUCACCGGGUACACCCAGUCGACGGCGAUGCACAAUCAGCCGCCACCGCCACCGUACCAACCGCCCGCACCCUACACGCUGAUGGCCUCGGUCGCCCCAUCGUACGGUCUCCCGCAGCAACAGAAUCAGUGCCCGAUUCAUCGCAUACAACAUUGUACCUGCAUGCUACAGAAUAAUGCCCGUGAGAGCAUCUCGCCGGCGUCCGGAACUGGCAUGUCGCCCUCAUAUCCGCACAGCGACCCAUCACCUGACUACGCCAUGCUAAUUGGAUCUCGCGUAAUACAAAGAACGCCCUCGUCUAGUCCUCCGCUAACGCCAAAUACGAUCUGCGGAUUGAUAGCGCCACCACCGCAGCAAGAUCCAACACCGCAGACGCUAAUGGGUCAAGUGAUGGAAGCUUUAAACAGCCAAACAAACAUCGACGACAUCAACAUCAACGUGGAAUCGUUUCCCUGUGUGGAUGAGGUGCUAAAGCACGAGCUCAGCUUGGAGGGAUCGCUCGAUUUCUCGAACCUGCCGCUUUCGAUCCACAAUAGCUAUGCGGCACCAAACAAUUCCAACUCAUCCGACUCGUCGUCCGGGAUUAGCGCGAUGACCGCACCGACACCGAACCAGCAGACGGCCGCACACAACCAUGGCCAGUACGCGGCCCGUACGAGCGUAACGCCACCGUCCUGGGUACACUAAAGGCAUCGGCGCGACAAACCGGGUGUGUGUGUGAUACGUGAUCGCUUUUCCCUCAACAACCUGUGCCCAGUGCUGUGAGAAUACAACCCAAAAAGCUCAGCUUGAAGGGAACGAAAAUCAACGAUCCAACGUGAUGUCCGUUCCGGUGAAGUAUGCAACACCGCUUCAUAGACGUGAACAUCCAGGUAGUGGAGAAAACGGAUACGAUCGUACAAUUUCGUAUUAUUACGAAAAGCUUAUCAAACAAACUUGAAAAGAAAAUGGAAGCAAAGCUUUUGUUUUAUUUUUUAUGUUUUUCAAUGCCAGCAUGUGUGUGUGAGUGUGUGACUGUGUGUGUAUAUAUGUGUGCGAGUGAAGGGUUGGUCAGCUAAAAAACAAAACGUACUGACUGACAGUUAUCUAAUGGUAGUAGAACCAGUAGUGUUAGCACUAAAUUAGUACAUGCGCAACUAUCCUUACGUUAGUAGCUAAGCCUGGAAAGCGUAGUUAAGAGUUAGGGCUUUACGAGCGCAAAUUAAACCACACGCACACCUGCGGGAAAAUCAGGAGGGAAAUGCAAGAGAGUAUGGGAAGAAAUUAUUGUUUUAAAUGGUGUACAUCACACCGAAAUCAUUGUUAAAAUGUUUGUUAUUUUUUUUAAAUUUCUAUUGUUACUUCCGUUCGAUCCCUUCCGGUGCUAGCGUUGCUUACAAAUGUAGCGCCACCGUUUCUUCCUUGUACAUUUUGCAAUUGAACUUUUAUUAGCCUUGUUUUCAAUUUAAUACUUUCUUUUGUUUAUUUUUUUAUUCUUGAAUUUAUGUUUGAGUGCUAUAAAUGUGCGACCCCACGUGUACAGUAAUUUGAAGCGAUAUGUUAAAACAUGUAUUUAGAGUUAUCAAAUACGUAAAACACAUAUAUUAAAAUAUUAUUGUAGGUAAGCUAACAUCCGUAAGUAGUUGCGAGAAGAAGAUGUAAAUAAGUGACGACAAUAUAGGUGGUUAAGAUUUACACACACUGUGCGUACUGUAUGUAUAAGUUUCGCUAGACUAGGCUCGAUUUGUUUGUGUUUUUUUCCGCUCAUAAUUUUGACAAAAAACAAAGUCGAAUCAAGCUACUACUACUUAUAGAACACCAUCGCUAAUCGCUCCGCGGAGCAUCAUUUGAAUGUUCUUUGAAGAAAAAGAUCCUUAUCGCAGCUGUAUGAUGAGUAAAAGAAAAGAAAAGCAACGGGAGCGUUGCGUGUGAUCGAGUAAAUUUGAAAGCGAAAUCGUUUUCGCGAAGCUUUUUAUCGGUUACAAUUUGAACGAUGACGGAAUGGGAUAAAUGUGAUCAAUUGUGGUUAUAAGACGGGUGAAAGAUCCUUGCGUGAUUUGUUGAUUGUUUUCUGGCUACAAAACACAUUCAAUCUAAGUUUGUAAAGCCACAAGUAUGACGAGGCAUUUAAAUUGCUUUACCCCAUUUGGUUUUGACACAGUUUCAUCCUCUCUCAUCAUUCGACCACUGCGAAACACAGCACGGCAAUGGUUGCCAAACUUUCUACAGCGAGCUCCAGCGACCGUGGUAGCUUAGUGUAUCAUACUAACUGUACAGCUAGCGUUGUAGUGUUCAUAAUUCAAUAAAUCGCAGUGCCAUUAGGGAAGCGUAAUUAGAUGUGCAUGCAACACAUGAAAAGGGAAAGUAUAACACACUGUUGUGUCCGAAUGAACUGUUGCCAGUUUUUCUCUAUCCCUGUGUCCACAUUUAGCAUCUAGAGUUUUGUAUAGUACCGGCUUGUUUCGGUAGUUCUUUCUCGCUAGUAUACUAGUUUAUAGCUAAGCAGCUACUAUAAGAAGAAACGAACCCUUAAUGAUAAACGCGCUACAUGUAACGACCGGCUCUAAUAGUGGCGGCUAGCGCUUUGGAAGUAGAUCGAAUAGCAGAAACCACACACACACACACACACUCGCAUGCACGCACAUCUUUGUAUAUAAAUAAAUGGCUGUUGGUGGUGAGGGCGAAUCUAGUGAAUAAUAAGUAACACGUAUAGGUAUACUUCCAUAAAAGUAAAGUAAACAUCGAUUCCAACAUCAGAUCCGCUUGUGUGAUCCUUAAUGGUGGAAUAUGCUGUACUAAGUAAGACGAGCAAAAUAAUCAUAGCAAAGCGAUUUAGAGUAUGUGAGUGUGUGUGUGUGUGUGUGUGAGUGCGUUAAGAAUUAAUCAAUUUAAAAAAAGAAAACUUGCAAGAAAAAAAACAUCCAAUUAACAAAUGUGCACUAAUAAGGGCGUGAGCACGUGUAGUAUGGUUUAACUUGAAGUAAAGGGGAUCAUCCAGUAGUGUAUAACACAAAUCGAAAGCGCAACCGUUUUAAAAGUUAGGUUUAGGCAGUUUAAAAUAGGAACAAAAAUCCAAAAUUUGAAAAAAUAAAUAGUUUUAAAAUUUGUAACACUUUAAUUCAAGCAACAAUUUGGCAAGAGAUGCAAAACAAUACUUGGAAUCUGCUAUAGGCUUUUAAGCAAAAAUUAAACACUUAUUUACGAUGCUUGCAAAAUAAUUUAGAGCUAUUACGCUCACCAGUACAUGAAUAGCAAAAUGUUUGUUCUACUACUUACAAUCACUUUCAAGAGAUUAUACCGAUCAACCAAAGGCUGUUCGUUUUUUUUUUGACUUUGUUUUGUUUGCACCUGUCAAUGAUAACAUUGUGUUACGUUUUAGCAAAUGCAAACACUGUACAGUAACGAAAAAUUCAUUCGGUAGCAUAAACUAGCGGAAAGUCAGAAAGGGAUAAGCUGCAAAAUAUUGUUAAACAAUCGGGAAGGAGCUUGUAAAGAAUCGUCAGCUAAUAUCUAAGGCAUCUAAGGUAGAAACGAAUGAUCAGGAAAGAAAAAUACAAAGAACAACACGUAAGCUCUAUUUAUCCCAGGCAACCAGUUUUGAUUGGCAGAGGUUCGAUGAUAAAUAUGACAAUGCAAAUUGCAACAAAAUAUAUAGCUUCAUGUGCAAUUUAGUUGAUACGUACACUAACACACACUUCUGCGGAAAGCAUUGAACGGAAAGGCACUAAAAUCAGAACAUACGCAAAACAACUAAAAGCAAUGCCAUUUGAAUAGAGAAACAUGUCCUUCGAAACUGGUACUAGUUUCCCAGCAAUACCGGACGGAACGUGUUUUGUUAAGGAUAAUGUAAGGGCUUGAUGAAAAAAGAAACAACAAACAAAAGAUUGAGCUGUGAGAAUGAUUGUCGCAACAACAAAAAAAAGAAAACAAGCAAACCCCGUAUGUGUUCAGGAAAGCCUCGAUAAUACAAGUUAAAUGGCUUAGAAAAAGAAAUGGUGAUUCGAUACGUGCGACAUUGAAAUCGAGCGCAAGGUUAAGGCGGUGCUACAGACAGUACGAAACAAAACAAUUAGCCCCCAUUUGACAAGAUCAUUGUUAACUUUUUUUUUACCACCUGUCUGUCGGACGACUGGUUUUGUUUCCGUUUUUGUGUUUAUGCUUUUUUUUUACUCGUUUGCUUUCAAUCCCUGUUAUAGUUUUGUUUUUAAUUACUAUUAUCGCCAUUUUGUACAAAUUACUUUAGUUUGGUAAUGUUGGAAUGUUUGAAACUUUGCGUCGAAUUAGCUGCAAAACUAGUAUGUAAGACGGGGGGAUGUAAUAGGGUAGUUGGUAACGCUAAAUACGCAACCUUGGAUGUGUGACGAAUGUUAUCGGGACGGAUUUCAAUAGAUACAAACACAAGUGAGAGAGCGAGAAAAGAAAAACAAAACCUAUCGAAACCCCUUGUGUGUAGUGUAGUGCACUGUAGGGAAGUGUGAUUUCCGGUUUGCUAGAAAGCAGGAACAGUUUGUGAAAGGAACGCGAGAAAAAAAUGUUGAAAUAAACUAGAAAUACUUAUUACUUUAAAA